CUUCUCAUAUGAUCCCAUAAUACUCUCAUGUCGGAUGCUUUCACCAGACAUCUUCCGGGUCGACAGAGAGUUCGCCUGUGCUGAGCAGAGCCAGGACUAUUUGCAAAGGAGGGGUCUGCCCUGUUGAGCUCCUCCUGGUGUUGUGAGUGUAGGGUGUGUGUGCACCAUGGCAAGCCUCCUACGUGUUGUGUCAGCCACCUGCUCGGCCCCUUUGUUCAGCGGUGUUUCCUGUGUGAAGCUGCAGAGCGGCGGUGCUAUCAAAUCAUCGGGCCUUCGCUUUUUCAGGACACACCAAGCUCUCGGACGAUGUGCCAGUCCAGGUAUUGCCUACAAACAACUCACAGUCGGUGUACCCAAAGAAAUCUUCCAGAAUGAACGUCGUGUGGCGCUUUCUCCCACUGGUGUCCAGGCGCUCAUCAAACAGGGCUUCAACGUCGUCGUGGAGUCUGGAGCCGGAGAGCCUUCCAAGUUUCCUGAUGAACAGUACGCCCAGGCUGGAGCAACAAUUAAAGACAUUAAAGAUGUCUUGGCAUCUGAUGUGCUGGUUAAGGUUCGUGCUCCCAUUUUCAACCCUGACUUGGGUGUCCAUGAGGUGGAGAUGAUGAAGGACGCCGCCACUUUAAUCAGCUUCAUCUACCCAGCUCAGAACCCCGAGCUGAUGGACAUGUUGUCCCAGAAGAAGGCCACCGUCCUGGCUAUGGACCAGGUGCCCCGAGUCACCAUCGCCCAGGGUUUCGAUGCACUGAGCUCCAUGGCAAACAUCGCAGGAUACAAGGCAGUUGUGCUGGCAGCAAACAACUUUGGUCGCUUUUUCACUGGACAAAUCACAGCAGCUGGGAAAGUGCCACCUGCAAAGGUUCUGAUCAUUGGAGGUGGUGUGGCUGGGUUGGCAGCAGCUGGUUCGGCCAGGGCUAUGGGAGCCAUUGUCAGAGGAUUUGAUACCAGAGCUGCAGCUUUGGAGCAGUUUAAAUCUCUGGGCGCAGAGCCGCUGGAGGUGGACUUUAAGGAGUCAGGAGAGGGUCAGGGAGGCUACGCCAAGGAAAUGUCAAAGGAGUUCAUAGAGGCAGAGAUGAAGCUGUUUGCCAAACAGUGCCAAGAGGUGGACAUUGUCAUCACCACUGCUCUUAUCCCAGGUAAGCGUGCACCCAUUCUGAUCACCAAACCGAUGGUAGAGAGCAUGAAAGAUGGGUCAGUGGUGGUGGACUUGGCUGCUGAGGCUGGAGGAAACAUCGAGACCACAGUACCUGGAGAGCUGUCAGUACACAAGGGAGUGACCCAUAUCGGCUACACAGACCUGCCCAGCCGUUUGCCGACACAGUCCAGCACUCUGUACUCCAACAACAUCACUAAGUUGAUGCGGGCAAUCAGCCCAGACAAGGACAACUUUUACUUCAAUGUGAAGGAAGUGUUUGACUACGGGACCAUGGAUCACGUCGUAAGGGGAUCUGUUGUCAUGCAGAAUGGCCAGAACCUGUUCCCCGCUCCCCAGCCUAACAAUGUGCCGACUGCAGCUCCUCCUAAACCCAAGUCUGUCCAGGAAUUGCAGAAAGAGAAGGCUUCACAAAUCUCCCCCUUCAGGGCUACACUUACUACUGCUGGCAUGUACACUGGAGGUGCCGCCACCCUGCUGGGUCUGGGUCUGUCAGCUCCCAACGCUGCCUUCACUCAGAUCGUCACCACCUUCGGUCUGGCUGGCAUUGUGGGAUACCACACAGUGUGGGGAGUCACUCCUGCUCUGCACUCCCCACUCAUGUCUGUCACCAACGCUAUCUCAGGUCUGACGGCUGUGGGUGGUCUGUCCCUGAUGGGAGGUGGCUACACCCCAACAACUACUGCUGAGACACUGGCUGUGCUGGCUGCCUUCAUCUCCUCGGUCAACAUUGCUGGUGGUUUCCUGGUGACUAAGAAGAUGUUGGACAUGUUUAAGCGUCCCACUGAUCCUCCAGAGCAUAACUACCUUUAUCUGCUUCCUGGUGGUGUCUUUGUCGGUGGCUACGCUGCUGCUCUGCAGUCUGGAUACAACAUUGAACAGAUGAUGUAUUUGGGCUCAGGUCUGUGCUGUGUUGGUGCCCUGGCUGGCCUUUCCAACCAGUCCACCGCCCGUCUGGGUAACGCUUUGGGUAUGAUGGGAGUCGCAGGGGGGAUCGUUGCCACUCUGGGUGCCCUCAAACCGAGUCCUGAGCUCCUGGCACAGAUGAGUGCAGCCAUGGCUGUAGGCGGUACUGCUGGCCUGGCCAUUGCUAAGAAGAUCCAGAUCACCGACCUGCCCCAGCUGGUGGCUGCCUUCCACAGCUUGGUGGGGCUGGCUGCCGUGCUCACCUGUGUGGCCGAAUACAUGAUCGAGUACCCGCACUUCGCCACAGACCCUGCGGCCAACCUCACUAAGAUAGUCGCGUACCUUGGCACCUUCAUCGGUGGAGUCACUUUCAGUGGCUCUUUGGUGGCAUAUGGCAAACUGCAAGGUAUUCUGAACAGUGCUCCCCUGAUGCUCCCUGCUCGUCACGCUCUGAAUGGCACUCUUAUGGCCGGCAGUAUUGGUGGAAUGAUUCCCUUCAUGCUGGAUCCCAGUUACACUACAGGCCUCACCUGUCUGGGAUCGGUCUCUGCUCUCUCCGCUGUCAUGGGUGUAACCUUGACAGCUGCUAUUGGGGGCGCUGACAUGCCGGUGGUAAUCACCGUACUGAACAGUUACUCCGGCUGGGCCCUGUGUGCUGAGGGCUUCCUGCUCAAUAACAACCUGCUGACCAUCGUCGGAGCUCUCAUUGGCUCCUCCGGAGCCAUUUUGUCAUAUAUUAUGUGUGUGGCCAUGAACCGUUCACUGGCUAACGUGAUCUUGGGAGGUUACGGCACGUCUUCCACCGGUACAGGAAAGCCCAUGGAGAUCACGGGGACACACACAGAGGUCAACGUGGAUCAGACCGUCGACAUGAUUAAAGAUGCCCAGAGCAUAAUCAUCACUCCAGGUUAUGGACUCUGUGCGGCAAAGGCCCAGUACCCCAUCGCUGAGUUGGUGAAAAUGCUUAAAGAUGCUGGCAAGAAAGUCAGGUUUGGUAUUCACCCUGUGGCUGGCCGUAUGCCUGGUCAGCUCAAUGUGCUGUUGGCUGAAGCAGGUGUCCCAUAUGAUAUUGUCCUGGAAAUGGAGGAAAUUAAUGAAGACUUUGCCGAAACCGACCUGGUCCUGGUGAUCGGUGCCAAUGACACAGUGAACUCAGCCUCCCAGGAAGAUCCUAACUCUAUCAUUGCUGGUAUGCCUGUUCUGGAGGUCUGGAAGUCUAAGCAGGUGGUUGUGAUGAAACGUUCUCUGGGUGUCGGAUACGCAGCUGUUGACAACCCCAUCUUCUACAAGCCCAACACUGCGAUGUUGCUAGGCGACGCCAAGAAGACUUGUGAUGCCCUGCAAGCCAAGGUCCGCGAGUCCCAGAGCCAGUAAGGCGGACACCUCCACUUAGAGCACACAUGGAGCGAGGAAGGUCGAAGACAAUGAAAGUUUUUCCAAAAAUAUCUCCACAUUAAGAUGAUCUUUGUCCGAUUGUGACUCAGCCAAUUAAGUAAAGAUGAUUUCAAAAUGUUUUUGGCACACCCUUCCUAUCAUCUAUGAAUAAAAGAAAUACAAAUUAAAUAAAAAAAAAGCCCUUGUGCAGUAGGAUCCAAGCAAUGCAGAUAUUGUAGUUCUUCUAUUAGUGCUUCCACUGUAGUGAUGUACUUAGAUCCAGAUUUACAGGCAUGUCUUUUAUUUCUAGAUAAUAAAUGAAGGGUUUGUCAACAAAUGCAUGUGGUCUGUGUAAUCUGGGCAGCAACCGACAGUGUCAUCUUCAUUAUAGACACCUAUAUUACUGUAAAACAACAAUGAAAUGUAGAUGCAUUAUGUUGUUUAAUAUGUUAAAAUUCGCUAUUAAGAUAUUUUAGGAAAUAGUCAAUAGUUGAAAGAAAAUUUGAGAUGAAUUGGAAUUAAAAAGAAACAAAAGCUGAGAUAUAAAGGUGAAAACCAGAAGAAAGAUAUAAGAGACUAAAGCACUCAUGUUUUUUCACACUGUUAGGUGUUUUCUCCGUUUUCUCCAGAGAUUCCCUUUAUUAUUGUAAGGUAAUUUGCUGUUCCCUUUGAUAGAUUUAUUCGCUCAAAUGCUAAUGUCACACCUUAUUUUUCUGUACAAGUAAGAAGAAAAAAAGCAGGAUAGUGCACCAUUUUUGUAAAGUUCUUUCAGUUCCAGUUUUUACGGUAUUGAGAGAUUUUUGUAUUCGGUCUAAUUACUAUUAUAAACCUAGAAAAUCUCGUUUUAGAAGCCAUAGCUGACUAUAGAAAUCUAGUUAUGCUAUUUUCUUUUUUUAAUUUCACUCGUGACCUCCACCUAUGCCUCUAGUGCAGCAAUCACACAUGGAUCCCAAAACAUUAAAGAUCCAUUCAAACCUCGUCUAUCAAGCAUUUAAGGCAAUCAACCAAAUGGAUCUGACCUUUUUUUUUUUUAAGUGUGAGACCACAGCUGUCAUGUAACGCUAGUAAAGACUGUAACUACUCCCACAAACAGACACUCUGAUAGCUGAAUGGAUUUUAUGAUGUUUUUGAACCAGGUGCAUCACAUCAUCCUGUGUGGUUCUGAUGCUACAGUACACGUGCUCUGAGACUAGCCUUUGGUCUUUACGAUAAAGGAGGGUGUUUUUUUCUUUCUUUUUUAAGUGAAGGUGGCUCCAUCCACUCCAAUAUGUGAGUCCUCAUUAUUUUUCUGGAGGGAAAUGAAGGAUCACUGUUUGUAAACUAGGGCCAGAUGUUAACCUGGCUGUUUUGUAAAGAGUCUAAAGCAACAUUGCAUUCAAUUAGUCACGACAUUCAGAAUACAUGAAUUGUUCAACGUUAUUAUCCAUUUCUAAAUUAAUCUUGUCCCUUUUUUUCCUUUGCCAUAAACAUAAACUUGUGCCAAAACCUCCCCUUUUAAACUCAAUCUGGAUAGAUUGGGCACAACUAUAGAUGGACUGGUUGCUGUUAAACCACUUAAUUAUUGAAAGUAAUUCUUGAAAGAUCACUGACAAAAUGACAGUAGCUCCCACUCUACACCUAACUAACCAAUAACUAUAUCACCAGAAACCUAGUCCAUCGGGUUUUAAUUUUUGACUAAGGUUGGAUUGCUGCCAUCCUCACUUCACCUUCCACAGUUUUGAUGGUCCUGAUACAGUAGAUCUAGAAUUAGUGAGAAGUUUUCCUGGUACAAGGUUUGAGGAACAAUAGGUCACGAGGUGACAGGGCAGCAGUUUUCAUUACUUUUAAAAUCUAUAAUAAGUACUGUAAGAAGUUAGUUGUUAUAGUUUUGUCCUUGGACCUGAUACGUUGACCAUGACAACUAUCCUACCUCUCCAUAAAUGACCAAUAACUUUCCAGAGGACCCUCAUCUGACCAAUAACCCUUGACUGAAAUGACCAGAGGAUGUCCACCAGACCAUCAGUCAGCUCUCAUAUAUCCUAAGCCUGACCAAUUGCCUUCUGUUUUGUGUUCACAUUGUGUUUUUUAACCAUUAGACCUCAGUUUGCCGCUGGCUAGUUGACUGUAUGUUAUGCAAGUGUAGAGCUGCAGAUGUCAUUGGUGCUCAAGAGGGGUUAUUGUUCUUCCACGUCAAUUUACACAAUUGCAGUCAUUAGGGACUAUUAGAUUGAGAUGUUUGCUUAACAUUUGUGGUUUGUUGCUGUUUUUGAGGUAUUGAUCAAAUUAAGGGAGAUAAAAAAUAGUAAUAGUUUUGCUAAUGUGCCCCUUAUCUUUUUUCGCCUUCUUAAGGAAAGUAUUUUUGUAAAGAGGCACCAUAUUUGUGCAGAGCAACAAUGGGGUUUUUGAAGUUGACAGUGUUUCAGGGCACCAUGUUAGGUUGAUGAAAUGAUGAAAUGUACUGUGAAUGUUUUUCCCUGUUGUUUCUCAUGGAACAUUUUCAUCCCUAAUAAACUUGUAUUUACACUAGA